UCUGCAGAUCGAAAAUCUGACACGUGUAAAUCCAGAUUAUAUUGCACUAUGGUAUAUUUUACCUUAUACAGUAGCUGGUGAUUAUGGGAACAACUGAUACUGGGAUAUUUAUUUCUAUAUCAGGCUAUUCAUUCUGUCCUACAACUUACAAUCCUUACAACUCUCACCAAAUUUAGAGAUAGAGGACAGGGACCAGGAGACGAAAUAGAGAAGACGAAAUGGCCUUUCAAAGAUGGAGAUUUUUAGCUGAAAUUCUUUUAUUGUUUAGUUAUGUGUUCAUUUCUGCUUAUGUUGCACAAGGGAGAUAUAGCGAGAAGAACCAUGUUACAAACAUUAAUAGCAAGCUUAAGUUUCGCCGAAGACCUGCUCUCAAGAGCAUUCGGAGUUCAGAUGGAGACAUAAUUGACUGUGUUGACAUCUACAAGCAACCUGCUUUUGAUGAUCCACUAUUGAUGAACCAUACUAUUCAGAUGAGACCUAAUUAUAUUCCAGACCAAGACACCAUGGAUAUCAAAAAUAAGUCUUCAAGCAGGACAACACUACAGAUUUGGCGAAAAAAUGGAAGCUGUCCUCAAGGAACCAUUCCCAUUCGUAGAGUCAGAAAAAAGGACUUGUUAAGAUUCAAAAAUCUAGAAACUUUUUCUAAUAUGAAACAGACCCAUAGCAACCGUUCUUUGGUUAUCUAUAAUACCACUACUGCUGUCCUUGGUUAUCAACCAAAUCGUUCAGCUUCUAUACUAAUUGCAACAGUAACACACUAUGUUGGAGCCAAAGGUUUUUUGAAUGUAUGGAACCCAAGAGUGUCACCUGAUGAUUACACUUCUUCGCAAAUUUGGGCUUUAGCUGGCGGCGCAACUGACUAUGAAAGUGUGAAAUCCGGAUGGAUGGUAAACCCAAAGUUAUAUGGUGAUACACAGACGAGAUUCUUCGCGCAUUGGACUACAGAUGGAAACCAAAAGACAGGCUGCUAUGACCUUCUAUGCUCUGGGUUUGUCCAGACCAGUCAUGAGGUAGCUCUGGGUGCAGCAAUAAGUCCUUUAUCUUCUGAAGGUGGAACGCAAUAUGAGAUAGGAAUCCAACUCACCAUGGAUCCCAAAACUGGGAACUGGUGGCUACUAUACAAUGAUAAAUUCGACCUUGGCUAUUGGCCAAGGUCAUUGAUGGGCGACUAUUUGAGAUCCGGUGCGACAAUGGUUCAAUGGGGAGGAGAGGUUUAUAGUCCAAAUGUGGCACGGACUCCUCAUACAACUACAGGUAUGGGGAGUGGAAGCUGGCCACAAGGUCUGUUUGGAUAUGCAAGCUACAUUUCCCACAUAAGGUCCGUGGACUACUCUUACAGUUGGAGGUACCCUAAUUUCGUGGCUAUUCUAUCUGAUGAACCUGACUGCUAUGCUGCAUAUCAUUAUGUACCGGGAUUCAUGGAAGAACCUACACUCUUCUUUGGAGGCCCAGGAGGUUUUAGAAAUCCUAGAUGUCCAUAGGAGUGCUUAAGGUUUAUUUCAGGAAUAAAUAUGUACAAGUUUGCAUGCAGUUUUGUUAUUGAUCCAUUUAAUAUAAGGUUUCCCGUUUUUGGAAUGAUAAUCCAGGCCCCAAUUUCUCUUA